UAUGACAGAAUGGCUGAUUCAAGUGAUGAAAAAACAAUAAUUGAAAUAAAUAAAAUUAUUGUUGAUAAUAAUGAUGAUAAUAGUGCAAUGAAAUUAAAUUGUCCUGAUCAUAUUAUCAGGAAGAGAUUACCAUUGUCAUUUCCAAAAAGAAAUAAAGAUAUUUAUGUUACAAAGAAAACUAAUUUUCAGGCACAAUUAAAUAAAUGUGAAAAAUUAUUAUCAAAUGGUGAAAGUGAAAUAAUUAUUCAUGGACUUGGAGCAGCAAUUAAUAAUGCUUGUAAUCUAGCUCUUACAUUAAAAAAAAAUCAUAAUGGUACAUUAGAUAUUGAUGUUAAUACAUCAACAGUUAAACUUAUUGAUGAUUUAGAGCCAACAACUGAUGAUGCUGAUUAUGAAUUAAAUACAAGAAAUAAUUCAUCAAUUCACAUUAGAGUAUUUAGAACAAUAAAUAUUGGUGGAUUAAAAUAUGAACAAUAA